AAAAGACAUUCAUCAAUGUAUAGCACGAUCGAAGAUUUUCUGCAUAGUGAUAACAACUUUCUGCCGAUAAGGUACUCUUACUCGGACAUUAAGAAGAUGUCUAACAAAUUCAAGAAUAAGUUAGGUGAAGGAGGCUUUGGAAUUGUAUUUAAAGGAAAACUACGCAGCGGCCGUUUUGGAGCAAUUAAGAUGUUGGGCAAGUCCAAAGCUAAUGGGGAAGAUUUCAUUAGUGAGGUAGCUACCAUUGGAAGGAUUCACCAUGUUAAUGUGGUGCAACUUGUUGGUUAUUGUGUUGAGGGUUCGAAGCGCGCUUUAGUAUAUGAGUUCAUGCAAAAUGGAUCUCUUGAUAAAUACAUUUAUUCCAAAGAAGGGAGUAACUUGCUAAGUUACAAGAAAAUGUAUGAUAUUUCGCUUGGAGUAGCUCGAGGGAUUGAAUAUCUACAUCAUGGUUGUGACAUGCAAAUUUUACAUUUUGAUAUCAAGCCUCAUAACAUCCUUCUUGAUGAAAAUUUCGUUCCAAAGAUUUCUGACUUUGGGCUUGCGGAAUUAUAUCCGACGGAUAACAGUAUUGUCUCAUUAACGGCAGCAAGGGGAACAAUGGGUUACAUGGCUCCUGAGUUGUUCUACAAAAAUAUUGGUGGCGUCUCAUACAAAGCUGAUGUCUAUAGUUUUGAAAAGCUAUUGAUGGAAAUGCGAAGCAAACGAAAGAAUUUAUAUGCACGUGCAGAGCAUUCAAGCCAAAUUUACUUCCCCUCAUGGGUGUACGAUCAGUAUAAGGAGGGAAAGGAGUUGGAGUUGGAGGAUAUAACAGAGUUAGAAAAGAAAAUCGUAAAAAAGAUGGUUAUAACUGCCUUGUGGUGUAUUCAAAUGAAGCCAAGUGAUCGUCCGGCAAUGAACGAAGUUAUAAAGAUGCUCGAAGGAGAUGUUGAAAGCCUUCAAAUGCCUCCCAAGCCUUUUCUAUGCCCACAAGAGAUGCCUGUAGAUAUUCAUGAUAAUUUGCACCAAACAUGUUCUAACAUGGAGCUGACAUGUACUCUGUCAGCUAGGUGA